AUGCCCUAUGCGCCCCUUCCUUCACUCUUCUCAGGCACUCUUGAGGAGGAGGUGGAGGAGGAGGAAGUGGUCACACCUCCUAAUAUGCCCUAUGUCCCUACCUCAGUCCCCACCCCACCUCCUACAGUGUACCCUCGUGUGGUUCCUCCUACCGUGCCUCCUCCAUCCUCACCCCCCUUGGCUACCCCUCCUCCUGUUAUUCCCUCUCCUCUUCCACCCUCCAUCCUUCCUGCACCUGCCCCACCCUCCUCUUCGUCUUCCACUGCGCCGCCCGUUGGUGAGGGGGGGACAGUGGUGUCGCCGUCUGUGAUGAUCACCGACGGGCAGCGCCUUGUGACUAAGCAGCUGCAGGACGAGAACAGCAUGGAUGGAGUGCAGCAGAGUGGGGGACAAGAGACAGGGGAGCAGCAGACAGGGGAGCAGCAGAUUGGGGAGCAGCAGAUAGGGGAGGAGCAGAUAGGGGAGGAGCAGAUUGGGGAGCAGCAGACAGGGGAGCCGCAGACAGGGGAGCAAGAGAUUUAA